UACAAACUAAAAGUUGACUAGAAAAUAUAGAUUUCAGAUGUCAAUAAAAAGCAAACAUUAACCUUGUCUUGACGAAAGAAGAACAUAUUGCAAUGUUUGGACUGAUCAUAUCGGGCCGGUUGGUUCAAACAGACCCGCAGCAGUUGGCAGAGACACAGUUUGUCUUUAGUAUCCCAGAUGUUGACAAUGUCAAUCAUGUGGUUGUUUUCCUCACAGGACAAAUGGCAUUUCCUGAAGAACUAGGGGCAGCAGUGUAUUUCUCCUUCCCCAACCCACAGGGACAAACAUGGCAGUUAUUGGGACAUAUUUCCAACUCCAAGCCUAGUGCUAUCUUCAAGAUCACAAAAUUAAAACAAGAGGAUGGGAGUGGUUCUGGUCAUCCAUUCGGCCAGUUUGGUGGACAGAAAUCUCACAUGGCACAGAUUGGAAUAUCUGUGGAACCUCUCUCACAACUCAGUCAGCAAACUCCUGUCACACAGGCCAAACCAUCUAGUGUGGAACCAUUUUUGGAAUUUUCCCAAAAAAUGUUGGAAAAUUUUUUCAACUAUGCAAGUUCUUUUGGACUCACACAAGCUCAAAUGACACCAAACCCUUCAGAGACCUAUGUGCCCCUCAGUACCCUGCAAUCAUGGUUUCAAACAUUUCAAAGACGAUUGCAACAAAAUCCAUAUUUCUGGAGGUCUUGAAUGCUAUAUUUGUGGAAAUGUAUUUUUCUUUUUUUAGCUGAAAUGGCACAUAGUGCAAGUGAACCUAUUGUGCAUGAGUGGGCAUCUGUCGUCAGUCUGUCAAUUUUUAGCUUAUUCUAGAAAGAUAUAAGCAAUGAAGAACUGAUAUGGCCAAGAAGUACAUGUCAAUAAGUAGUUUCCUCAUAUAAAUGACCUUUACCUAUUUUCAAGGUCAGAGGGGUAAAAUAUGUUAAAAUUUUUCAAGAAUCUUCUUCUCAAGUUCCAGAAGACCCAGAGGGCUGAUAUUUUUGCAAGCAGGUACCUAGCACAAAGUGAUAUAAAGAUCCUCAUAUAAGUGACCUUGACCUAUUUUCAAUGUCACAGGGGACAAAUAAUUUAAACAAUCAUUUGUGAAUCUUCUUAUGUUCUAAUAGGCCCAGGGCGCUCAUCUUUGGCCAGUGGAUCCCUGCUAUGGAGUGCUAUAAAAUUUUCUAACACUAUGACCUUGAACUAGUUUCAAGGUUACAGACAUCAAAUAUGUGAAAAUAACUUCUGAUAUUCCAGAAGACCCAGAGGCCUGGUAUUUUUCCAGCAGGUACCUACUACAGAGUGAUAUACAUUUUCCUGGUAUAAAUGACCUUGACUUAUUUUCAAUGUCAAAGGAGUCACAUAUGUCAAAAACUUCAAGAAUAUUCUUCUGAAGUUCAUGAAAACGUGAACGCCUGAUAUGUUGCCAGCAGGUACCUGGAACAAAGUGGUAUAAAUAUUGUAUACCAUUGUAUACCAUUUCAAAAACAUUGUUAAUAUUUUACAGUCAACAUGAAAAUUGGAAAUAGUAAUUUUGCAAUAAUUCCUAACUUCUAGUAUUUUAUUGAAAUGUGUAUAACAAUAAAUCUGCUUUAGUCAACAUUGUUUGUAUCAGGUUGCCGUACAUUGUUAAACAGUCCAGCCUAGUUCCCCAUAUAAAAAUGAUACAUGAAAUAUCAAAACAGUACUUUAAAAUAUUAGAAGCAGGCUUAGCAAAAAGAAUCUGCAGUUAAUAAAUACCAAAUAUCUAAAAUCAUAAAAGUUGUAUAAAAAGUGCUAUCAAAAUAAAACAACUUGGUUUUUAGAACCAUAUUGUGUGUCAUGAUGAUAAUUGGCCUUUGCUUGCGGGAUGAAGAUUGUGAAAAUAAUUUAUCUUAAUGGCUUUUAAAUGACCCUGACCCACUUUUUCAGGUCACAAGGGUAAAAUAUGUUAAAAUUUCAUUUGAAAUAUCAAGAGUCUAUAGUAAUGUUAUCUGGCCAGUAGCAUAUUGGGGUAUACUCUCAGACUAGAAUGUUAGAACAAAUGACAGUAAUUUUGAAUAUCUCAAGAUUGUAAUGAAAUAAAAUUUGACAAUGAAGGUCCAUCUUAAGUUGCAAAGUAAUGUGUAGAGUAGCAUGUCCUUGUUUGCCACUACAUGUAUGUUUGUUCAAAUAAAUUUGAUGUUGACCUGCUUUGAAA